AUGGCUUUGAAAGAGCAUGGGGACCGUAUCGCCGAGAAACCAUUCUACAGGUUCAUCACGGUCUCGCUAAACCCCCCUGGUUUCAAGUGGAUUGUGUCCUUGAGAGGGCUGAAGGAGUAUGGCGAAGCCGGAAACAAAAGGGAUGCGAAACAUAUUGCCUCCAUGAAGAUUCCGUCCGAAGCGCAACAGAUGGUCAAUAUCUGUGAAACACUUGGAACAACUAGGACCGUACUUUCGGAGAGCAAGAGGAUAGCAGCGCAGCUCGACGCAGAUGAUAGAUGCACAUACCUCACUCAUGUAUUCAUCCUCGAAUCGCUAUGA